AUGAUGCGUACUGACUCUGCAGCAACUCGAAUAUCCCAUAUAGGGCUUGUGGCCCGUAGUCCAGAGGGCCACGCUGCCAAGACAAUGCAAAUUAAGGGCCACGAGGAUCAAUGGGUAGACAUACAAGCUCAUACAUUUAAAAACUGGGUUAACGAGCACGUGUCUCCAUCAAAUCGAGUAGAAGACCUAGCAGAAGAUUUGAAAGAUGGGCGUGUUCUGUGCGAAUUAGUUGAAAACUUACAGAAUAAGAAGAUACUAACGUGGACUUAUAAUCCUGGAAAUCGACAUCAGAUGUUAGAAAAUGUGUCAAAAGCUCUGAUGGCUAUAGCAGAUGAUGGUGUGAAGCUCGUUAACAUUGGAAAUGAAGAUAUAGUUAAUGGAAACCUGAAAUUAAUAUUAGGCCUUAUUUGGUCAUUGAUUGUUCGUUAUCAAAUCGGGCGGUCGAAAUUUCCACCUAAAAAGCUCAUGUUAGCUUGGCUUAAGUCAGUAUUGCCAGAAUGCCGUGUGAAUAAUUUUACCACAGACUGGAACUCAGGAAUAUGCCUCUCUUCUUUAUUGGAUUAUUGUGAACCAGGAUUAUUUCCCCAUUGGAAAAAUUUAGAUAGUAAUGAUAGCGUGAAUAACUGUCGUCGUGCUAUGGAAUUAGCUCGAGAUCGGUUUAAUAUACCCAUGGUACUGGAACCCGAAUAUUUAGCUUCACCUUAUUUAGACGAACUGUCUGGUAUGACUUAUUUGUCUUAUUUCAUGAAAGAAAAAAGUCCUGGUACUAAAGCUACUCUAAAUUGGGUCAACAGUCAGUUAAAAACACAUACUGUAUCUAAUUUCACUACCGACUGGAAAGAUGGCAUUGUUUUAUGUGAAUUGACUAAAUCCCUUGGUGUUCCUGUCAAGUAUCAAAAAUAUGACGACCCGGAUGUCUGGGAGUCUAACUUAAAUGCUGGAAUGAAUGCUGGUAAAAAAUUAGGAAUUGAACCCUUAUUAAAAGCAAAAGACGUAUCUAGUCUUAAUGCUUCACAUCUGGGUAUGAUGUCUUAUGUUUCCAACUUCCAAUGGGUAAAACCACGAACUCGACCAUCACACACCGUACGUGCCCAUAGUGACACGCAUACUACCAGAGUGUACAAACCAACUAACUUUAAAGUAACAUUUUUGGAUUCAGAAGUAGAUCCAAAUGAUGUGACAGUAGAAAUAAUUGGACCGGAACUCAAUACUAUACCGUGUAAUUUAAAUUUAAAAUCCAACGGAGGCACAUGCACGUUCGUGCCACUCAUAAUUGGAAUGUAUAAGGUUACGAUUUUUAAUGGCGAUGAGGUAAUACAAGGGUGCCCAAUAUUUAUACGAGCUAUGCCCGAAGUAUCUGAAAUAAAACACUCUGGUAUGGAACCAUGUGCAGUUGGAUCGAUUGUUGAAGUGCAGAUAAAUUGUAAUGGAGCUAAAGCUCAAAAUAUUCAAGUGUUAGCCAUGAGUCCAGAUGGUCGAGAAUUAGAAUGCCCUGUAAAAGAAUCAGGAGACGCGUACCGAACUACGUUCCAACCAGAUGAACCCGGGGAAUGGACCAUAGCAGUGAAACACCGAGGACAGUUAAUUCAGGGUAGUCCUUAUACAUGUUUUGUAUUCGAUCCAAAUGGCAUAAAAUUACUUGGCUUGGAUAGACCAGCUAUUGCAGGAAGUAUAGUUAAUUGGACUUUAGAUGCCAGAGGAACUGGUGGUUUGGGGAAAAUAGAAAUUGAUAUUGUUCAUGAUAAACAAUCACUUCCUCAUACAAUUGACCAUUUAGGAAAUUCCAUUUAUAAUGUUUCUCUUCAUACAAGAAGACCUGGAAAAUACAAAAUUUAUAUUUAUUUUAAUGGAGCAACUGUUAAAGGAAGUCCAUUUCCUUUGAGAGUUGGUACAAAAGAAGAUAUAAAGCGGCAUAAAAAUAUAACACCUACUAAAUUAGUCAAUGGAAACAACUCUUCGGCUUUCAAUGACUUUAAUUCAUCUAAUGAAUACCAUAAAAUCGGGUUGCUUAGACCUAUUUCACCUUUGCAAUCACCAAAAUUCACUUCUUCUCCUAUCAAUCAUCAUAGCAAUGUAUAUAAAUCAACUAAUUUAUCGGAAUCUGGAUUUCAUAGCAUUUCAUCUCCUUUACAUUUAAAUAUUCCUAGUUCGCUUUCUCCAAACAAUAAUUAUAUUUCACCAAAAAGUGCUUUAUCUCCAUCGAAGUCAAAAAAUAAUGAUAUAGUUUUUGGGGAAAAUAUGCAACUAAUGCCAAUAAAUAGACCUUCAACUAUUUAUAUAAAUUCUGAUGAAGUACUCGCUAAUAUUAAUGUUGCAGUCAUUGGCCCAUCCAAUAAGAUGAUUCCUGUUAGACUGUCUAGGAAUAUUGCCCAGGGUCAUAUUUUGGCACAAUUUACAGCUGAACAAAUUGGAGAACACUCGAUUGAUGUAAAAAUUAAUGGUACUAAAGUUACUGGUUCUCCAUUCAGGAGUCAUGCUUAUGACGUAAAUGCCAUUAAAGUUGGACACAUACCAAAUGGAAUUGUUGGAGAACCAGUUGAAUUUGAGAUUGAUGGAUCCGGAGCAGGGUCAGGAAAUUUAGAAAUUCUUGUAAAUGGAGGACAUGUUACUAGUUUUGUCCGAAAUUUGGGCAAUCAAAAAUUCUUGGCAUCAUUUGUCCCACAUAAAGCACUCGUUCAUCUAGUUGAUAUGAAAUUCAAUAAUGAACAAGUACCAGGGAGUCCCUGGGAAGUAACAAUCAUGAGUGGAGGAUCAUAUAGUCCGAAAUUGAGUAUUCUUGGUGAUGCUGUAAAAUUGGUGCCUGUUGAUUCAGUAGCAAUAUUUCAAAUAAGUGCUAUUGGUUUUCAUCGAGAUGAUGUACAAGUUAAUAUACUAAGUCCAACAAAACGAAAUAUCCAAGCCAAAAUCAUUAAUGAAGGAGGAAAUGGAAUAUUUAGGAUAGAAUUCAUUGUAGUUGAAGUGGGAACACAUUUAGUUGAUGUUAGUGUUGCUGGUCAUAAACUUGGAACUGGUACAUUAUUAGCUAAAGGAUAUAAUUCUGCUCUGAUUAGGGUGACUGAUGUUUCUGAUGCUGUUGUUGGCCAGCCAUGUCAAUUCAGAGUUGAUGCUAGUGAUGCAGGCGAAGGUCAAUUGGAAAUAUCAAUUAAUGAAGGGGAAGUACCAAAUCAUGUGACUGUAGUUGGAGGUGGAAGAUGUUUAGUAUCUUUUACUCCCGAACAUGUAAAACCUCACAUGAUUGACAUAAAAUUUAAUAGUGAAACUGUGAUAGGCUGUCCAUUUGUGUGCUCAGUAUCUGACACUAGUCGUGUGUCAGUUAAUUUAUCUCGUUUGGAGUUGAUACCCGUUAAUCAAGUUGCGAAAUUUCAUAUGAUGGUUGAUAAUUCAGCUUCAGCUGAGUUAUCUGUGUCUGUUACUGGCCCCCACACUGAACUUCCAGUUAAAGUCACAGGAAAUGUAAAUAUAGGGUUUACUGCUGAGUUUACACCACUGCAAGUUGGAGCUCACUCAAUUUCAGUUGAAUAUAAUGGACAUGCUGUUAAUGGUACUCCUUAUGUAGCUAAAGCUUAUGACUCUAGCAAAGUUAUAGUUGGACAUGUACCUAAAGGUCAUGUUGGAAAUACAUUUCAAUUCACUGUUGAUGCCAGUGAAGCAGGUGAAGGUAAUUUAGAAAUCACUAUAUCAGCUAGAGGAGCAAAUAUUCCCACUCAAGUACAUCCACAAGGCAACGCUAAAUUUGCUGUUAGUUUUUUACCACUUCAGCCUACUGAUCAUGUUAUUACUAUACAUUUUAAUAAGGAACCAGUCCCAGGGUCUCCUUUUAUUGCUCAUGUUGAGGGAGAUUUGCCAUUAGUCAGUGGCUCUUCACUGACUAGUGCUCCUGUCUCAACAACUUCUCAUUUCACUAUGAGCAAUGUAUCUGGAUCGCUGGACGACAUUGAAGUUAAUGUUGAGGGUCCUAACGGGUCGGCUGUUCCCGCCCAAGUAAAAGAAUCUGGUUCACAGUCAUAUAAAAUUGAAUUUUGUCCGAAAAUUGUUGGUGAACAUAAAAUUGCUGUUAGUUAUCUUCGUACUCCAGUAGCAGGAUCUCCAUUUAGUUGUAAAGUGUAUGAUAUCAAAGCCAUUAAAGUAAAAUCGGUGCCCAAAGGCACUGUUGGACAACAAGUCACUUUUGUUGUUGAAACAAGUCAAGCUGGUCCAGGAAAUUUAGAAGUUACAGUUAAUGGUGGCCGAGUACCAACUUCUGCCCAAGCCCAAGGCCCACACACUUAUGCGAUAUCAUUUACACCUCGUCAACCAACUUUACAUACAGUACACUUACGUUUUAACAAUCAUGAUGUACCAGGCUCACCAUUCACAUGUUCUGUUUCUGAAGCUGCUAGAGUUGUUGUUUGGUCAGCUACUGAAGAUAAAGUUGCUGUCGGUAAAAUAGCAUCAUUUGCUGUUCAGUGUGAAAGUAGUCCUGAAGUGCAAGUUCUUGCACCUCUUAGACAUUCUUUACCAGUAACUGUUAUUCCAGCUACUCAAUCAUCAACUCAUAAUGUUCAAUUCACUCCUAUCGAUGUUGGUGAUCAUAGUGUUGAAGUUAAAGUAGAUGGCAUACAUGUUGAAGGCAGUCCAUUUUUAGUUAAAGCAUAUGAUGCUUCUAAAGUUCGUGUCACAGACAUCAACACUGGUUUUGUAGGAAAACCGGUCAAUUUCAAUAUUAAUGCAAGUGAAGCUGGUGCUGGUAAUUUAGAAAUUAUUGUAUCAGUGAAUGGAGUCAAUGUUCCAAACUAUGUUCAAUCUGAAGGAAAUGCUAAGUUUCGAGUUAAUUUUAAACCUCGUGAUGCUGCUCCCCAUAGUCUUAGCGUACGUUUCAAUGGUGAACCUAUUCCUGGAUCUCCAUUGACGUGCAGAGUAUUGGAUAUUGAUCAAGUUGCUGUAAACGGUACUGGUGUUCGAUAUUGUGCCAUAAAAAAAACUGCAGACAUAAAAAUUGAAAGCCCAGAUAUAUCAAAUGAUACAAAUUUUAAAGUUAAUGUUUUUUCACCAUCUGGAAAAUCUGUUGAUGUUAAGACAAGUAUCAUGGCCAAUGUCAUUGGAGCUUACUAUACACCAAAUGAAAUUGGAAGACAUAUGGUAGAAGUUUUCAUAGAAGAACAACCAGUGGAUGGUAGCCCAUUUGCAUGUAAUGUGUAUAAUAUAAAUAACAUUAAAGUUACAGGUCUUGAUAAUGCUAAAGCUGGUAAACCAGUUACCUUCAGCGUAGAUGCUACAGAAGCAGGAGAAGGCACAUUAGAAUUGGUCGUUAGUAGUCAAAGAGGUACAGUCAAAGCAGAGGUAGUUGCUUGUUCUAGAGGAUUAUAUGAUGUUACAUUUGUUCCACAUAAUCCAAUACCGCAUUUUGUUAAUAUAACAUUUAAUGACGAAAUAGUACCAGGAAGCCCAUACAGUUGUAACGUCGUGGAUUUAAAUGGAGUUAAAAAAGGAGUAUCCAGUUCAUUAAUCACGGCAUAUGGUGAAGGAUUACAACGAGUGAAACUUGGUUACCCAGCACGUUUUGACAUCAAUCCACACAUUGCUGAUCAUGGAUCAAUAAGUGUUUUAAUAAAAGAUCCUGAUAAUAAGACCAUACCUGUUAAUUUACACAAACAUGAAAGUGGACUGUAUCGAGUAAUUUACCGUCCAUCAAUAGUUGGUGUUUAUAUGGUUACAAUAAUGCAUCGAAAUCAACCAAUUACCAAACAUCCUUGGAAAGUUCAAGUUAUAGAUUCUGAGUUAGUAAUUGUUAGUGGUCUCAAUGAAGCAAUCUGCAAUAAACCUACAUCAUUUAAAGUUGAUACAAGGAAUGCUGGUAAAGGAGAGUUAUCUAUAGUAAUUAAAGCAGCUGGCCGUGAUGUAAAACUUAAAUCUUCAGAUGUAGAGUCCAAUGGUAUCUACCAAGUAGCAUAUCAGCCUAUUAUACCUGUACCUCAUUACGUUCAUGUGAAAUAUAACAAUUUUAAUGUAAAUGGGUCGCCAUUUGUGGUUAACGUGCGAGAACAAAAUCCAUCCACAUCAGCUGAACUUCGAGCUGUUGGUUUAGGACUUUACCAAGGUAUUUCUAACAAAAUGUCUACAUUUAUAAUUGACAGUGCUGGUAAAUCCAGCCAUGAAUUUGAUGUUGUUAUUACUGGAAUGCAACAUACUGCUGUACCCGCACAAUGUUAUCAACAUAAAAAUGGUAUGAAUUUAAUUGUUGAAUUCACACCUCCUAAAGUUGGACAAUAUAAUAUUGAUGUCACACAUUUUGGUAAACAUUUGAAAGGAUCACCGUUUACAAGUUAUGUGUAUGAUGCCAGUAAUGUAAAAAUUGACAACCUUCCUGAAAAGUAUAGUGCUGUUGUUCAUAAGCCAGUAUCAUUUAAAUUAUCAAGAAAAAAUGCUGGAUUGGCUGAUUUUACUGUUACUUGUCUUGGACCCGAAAAUGAAGAUGUUCCAGUUGAUUUAAAAUUUUUCAGUGAAAAUGUUGAUGUUGUUCAAAUUUAUCCUACAAUACCAGGAGAUUUUAUUUUUAACAUUCUUUAUGGAAAAGAUCAUAUUAAAGAAUCUCCAUUAAAAGUACAUGUAUCAGACCCGGGAAUUCCUCGAGCAUGGGGUUCUGGUCUAGUUAAAGCUCUUAAAGAUGUUCCAACAAAAUUCUAUGUCUCUGCACUGGGAACAUCUUACCAUACUGUCCCUGUUGUUACUGUCCGCAAUGGAGCUGAAAUGGUGCCAGUUACAAUUAAUCAAUCUUCUAAUGGCCAUGAAGGAGAUUAUGAAGUUUCAUUUACGCCAAAUCAUAUUGGCUUUUGUGAUAUAAAUAUUAUUUGGAAUGGAAAGCAUGUCAGUGAAUCUCCUUACAGCUGUACCGUAGUUGAUUUGACUAAGGUAUUGACAAUUGGUGAAUCAAAUUUAAAUAGCCGUCUUGUACUUGGUGUAAAUGCUCCUACAACUUUAGCAUUUGAUACUUCAAUCGCCGGACCUGGUGAAUUAGAAGGCCAUUUAGAAAGUCAAGGAGGUACAAUUGUUCCAAUAAUAAUAGAUCAUUCUGGCGACAAUGUUAAAUGUGUAUUAACACCCCAUGUAUCUGGUCCCCAUGCUCUCUAUUUGAAUUUUGCUGGAAUGCCAUUGCCUGGUUCACCAUAUCCUGCUUUAGUUGAGAGUGGUGCUGCUGGCGUAAGAGUAAUCUUAGCUGGAAGUGGCUUAACAACUGCUACUUGUGGUCAGCGUGCAGAAUUUACAAUUGAUGGAACUCAAGCCGGACCAGGAAAUCCUGUAGUUACCUUAGCUGGUUCUAGACAUGAAAUACCAGUUAAUGUUGAAAAGACUGGUGAUAAUUUGUACAGUGCAAAUUAUACUCCUGUAAGUCCUGGAGCUUAUUUAUUAAAUGUGCUUUGGGGUCACAGGCAAGUAAAAGGCUGUCCUUUAAAGAUUAAUGUUACCGGUGUUUGUGAUGCUAGCAAAGUUUUAUGUACUGGUGAUGGUCUAGGUAUUGGGACUGUUGGAAAAGAUAUUAGAAGUUUUAUUGAUACAAGAAGAGCCGGUCCUGGGGAAUUAAGUGCACACUGUAUAGGACCUCAUAAAGUAGCUUAUUGUGAACUUUACGACCAUGGAGAUGGCACUUUCACAUUAAAUGUAAAACCUCAAGAAUCAGGCCGACAUACAUUGACUGUUAAAUAUGCUGGUGAAGAUGUACCUGGAAGUCCCUUUACAGUCCGUGUUAGUGGUGCACCAGAUGCUAGUAAAGUACGUGUGUAUGGACCUGGAAUUGAACACGGUGUAUUAGCAAUUUUUCAAAGUAGAUUUAUCUGCGAUACUCGUGGAGCUGGUGCUGGGCAGUUAACUGUCAGGGUUAGAGGACCAAAAGGUGCAUUUCGUGUUGAAAUGCAACGUGAAAACCAAAAAGAUCGAACUAUAUUAUGUAAAUUUGAUCCGACUGAGCCGGGGGAUUACAGAGUUGAAGUAAAAUGGGCUGGAGAACAUGUUCCCGGUUCACCAUUCAUGGUUAUGAUAUUUGAUACUCAAGAAGAACUUAACAGAUUCUUACAGGGCAACCAUUCACCGGCAAAUUCUGAUCUGUAUAGUAGUGUUAAUUACUCAUCAAGUUAUGCUCAUAUUACACCUUAA